GGGUUUCUCGACCUCGACCUGAGCAGCAGCUGUUUGCCGUUCCCCACAUGCGAUUUGGCAUGCCGGACACUCGGACCAGUCGAUCUCCAAAGGCCACUUUUUUCCAUUACCAACCUUCCAACAGCAUCACCAACCGCAAAGAUGGCUCUCCUUUCGUCCAAACUUCUCAUUCAGGCACAUGCCGUGCUCCUGAUCAUCAUUGCCGGGUAUCUCGUCAAGAACCCGAAUUACAUCACCGACUCCGACCUGGUGUUUAUGAUGGGCGAGGCCUUGAGGAUUGAUUUCCCCGUCGCUACAACUCCCAUACAAUCACCUUUCGUCAUCUGCUCCGUCCUGAUCUUCGCCGCUGCCCUGGUCGACCUAAUCCUCCUCUCCAGCCUCCCCUUCCACGAUGCCCUGACCGAGGCCCUGCCUUAUAUCCGACCUCUGCGGAACUCAAACUUGCCUGCUGAAGACCUUCAGGCGCUGGCGAAGCUGCCUGAGUAUAUCACACGGUCUCUGACAAUGUACUGGAAUGUGUGGGUCAGCAUUUCCGCCCUGCGGUUUGCCCUGUACGGCGGCAUUUCGUUCUUCAUCUACCAGGCCCGUGGUAGCUACUUGGUGUCGUCGUAUACUUCAAAGAUGGCUCCUUCGGGUUUGGAGCAAUUGAAGAGCCGCGUAGUCUUCACCUAUGUGUUCAUGGAGAUGAUGGUGUGGUUCUGGGUGUUCGUGACAUGCCGUGAGGAGCGCCAGCAGCGAUUGAGCAAGCUCCUGGAGGACGCUCGCGAGGAGUCCAACUAA